CUAUAUUGAGAGAGACGUGUCCGUCACUGAAAAGUCAAUCAAUUUCUUAAAUUCAUUUUGUUGGAACUGAUGUAUGAAAAAGUUAUUAUUGUGAAUUAUUAGGUUAAAUAGAAGAAUUGUGAUAUUAAAAAAUGCCGGCGACCGCGGCAGGUAAGCCGGUUAAUGGCCCCAAUAAAGGGUUAUUCCAAAAUACGGCCGGCUUCAGUACGUUGAUCACGGUCACAGUUCUGACACUAGCUUGGUUGGCCGGUUUUGCAUCUCGAUUGUUUGCUGUAAUACGAUUUGAAAGUAUAAUUCAUGAGUUCGAUCCUUGGUUCAAUUAUAGAUCCACCGCGUACAUGGUGCAGCAUGGUUUUUACAACUUUCUUAACUGGUUUGAUGAGCGCGCGUGGUAUCCUCUUGGUCGUAUUGUUGGCGGAACAGUAUAUCCUGGCCUCAUGAUCACAUCAGGCACCAUUCAUUGGUUAUUGCACACCUUAAACAUACCAAUUCAUAUAAGAGACAUUUGUGUGUUUCUUGCUCCUGUAUUCAGUGGUUUGACGGCCAUAGCAACAUACUUGUUAACUUCAGAGCUAUGGUCGAGGGGAGCUGGUUUAUUUGCUGCUUGUUUUAUAGCGAUAGUACCAGGCUACAGUAGUAGGUCAGUGGCUGGCAGCUAUGACAAUGAGGGUAUAGCCAUCUUUGCUCUGCAGUUUACAUAUUAUCUCUGGUUGAAAAGUGUGAAAAGUGGGUCUGUCUUUUGGUCAAUAUGUACUGCACUAUCCUAUUUCUACAUGGUAUCAGCAUGGGGUGGAUAUGUGUUCAUCAUAAAUUUGAUACCUCUUCAUGUAUUUGUUCUACUAAUCAUGGGCAGAUUUUCACAACGGCUGUUUGUCAGUUAUACCGUAUUCUAUAUCAUAGGAUUGCUGUUGUCUAUGCAGAUACCAUUUGUAGGUUUCCAGCCUAUACGCACCAGUGAACAUAUGGCUGCAUCAGGUGUAUUUGCAUUAUUGAUGGCUAUUGGUGCAAUGAAGUAUUUACACAGUCUCAAUCCUAAGGGUCAGUGGAAACAGCUUUUAAUUGUAGGGGGAUUGACUGCAGCUGCUUUAGUAUUCGUCUUGGUUGUUUUCUUGACUUAUGUUGGUGUUAUUGCACCAUGGAGUGGUCGGUUUUACUCUCUGUGGGAUACAGGAUAUGCAAAGAUACACAUUCCUAUAAUAGCAUCGGUGUCAGAACAUCAGCCGACAACCUGGUCAUCAUUCUUCUUUGACCUUCAUGUUCUUGUGUGCACCUUCCCAGUAGGAUUGUGGUAUUGCAUCAAGAAUGUUAAUGAUGAAAGAGUUUUUGUGGCCCUGUACGCCCUAAGUGCGGUAUACUUCGCGGGCGUGAUGGUGCGCUUGAUGUUGACCUUAACUCCUGUUGUGUGCAUCCUGGCUGGUAUUGCAUUCUCCAUAUUACUUGACCUUGUGCUGAAGGAAGAUGAGAUAGUCAUGUCACCAACUGAGACUGAAGAAGUUAAGAAUCUUUAUGACAAGGUAAUGUUUUUAAAUUACAAUUUUUUUAUAGUUGAACAUCCCAGAGAUAUACACGAAGCGGAUUACUUCACGGAGCGCGGCGAAUAUCGGAUAGAUUCGGAAGCCUCGAAAACUAUGUUGAACUGUCUAAUGUACAAAUUAUCAUAUUAUAGAUUCGACAGCGGCGGCAGUCCGCCGGGGUACGACCGCACGCGUGGCUCGUUGCCCGGCAACCGCGGCUUCAAGCUCACCUACCUGGAGGAAGCCUACACCUCUGAGCACUGGCUUGUCAGGAUAUACAGGGUAAAGAAGCCGGACGAGUUCAACCGACCUCGUAUUCCUCUUGCCAAGAGAACUAUUCCUACCUCUAAUGCGGUCUCUAAAAAGUUUUCGUCAGGCCUAGGAUCAGGGGUACAGUAUAACAUAACAUCAAAACGAAGAAAAGGUCUCCUAAAGAACAAGCCGACGAUAGUGAAGGGUAAGAAGGUGGGCCGGCUGGAGUGACGUCACCUGGCCACAGCCUAGUUAAUGUCUGCAUAUCAGUGGUAAAUCUGCAAUUAUCUUCAUUUUAAAAACCGCGAUGAAAACCGUUACAUCUCUUAAAUGCAAAGACAUUUAAGAAAUGUAUAGACCAGGCAGAGUAAAUAAAUUUUUGCACCGGUAAUUUCUCUGACAGGUAUUAUAUCAGUUGUCAGGUUUAGCCAACUCCUCUCCAUCUCUUACAAUAAAAAAUAUAGAUGUAUUGAAUACUUCCUUUCAAGAAGUUGGUAAAAAAUAAACUGAACAGUGUCACAAAAUGACAUAUAUACAAAUGUUUAAUAAAUAUUAUUUUUUGACACUGCAACAAAUUUAAAUAAAAUUAUAUUGAUUUAAUGUUUGGAGGACCGAUUAAUAGACAGUGUUAAUGGAUCAUGUCAAAAAAUGUCUCAAGUGAAGUAUCAACUAUGUCUACUCUAUGUGUUUUUUUAAUAUCUUUGCUUAAAUGUAACUCUUUUCAUCUUUUCUGUAUAUUUUGAUUCAUUGUAAUUUAUGACAAAUUUGAAUUACACGCUUGCCUUUUCUGUAUGUAGAUUUUUGAUUUAAAAAUCAUUGUAUUUCAAAUGAUUUUAGUGUAAUGUUUGAGUUAUUUUUAAUGUAUGAAGCACAAAAUCAGUAUCAUAUUUGACGGAAUUGAUAUUAGAUUAGUAGUUUAUUUCCCAAGUCGAAUUGAUAUCAGUACUAACCUAUUUUAGAUUAUAGAGAAAUGCAGUUUUCAUUUUUUUUUGUAUUUAGGACCUGUCCCACCAAAUUAUAAAUUGCCUGAUAACAAUCGAAAGUGUAAUAUGUCAUGCAUAUAUCGGAUUUUUACAUUAUUUAACAGUGAUGUCAUUUUUAAGCUAUCUGAGCCUCUAUCAGCCAGUGGUGGGACAGGCCCUAAGUGGGAGGAAGUGAUUUCUGUCUAAACCACGAUUUUUUUUUAAAA